AUGGCAGAUCACUCCGGAUUAGAGUUGAAGCACGAUGACUGGGAUGAAAUCCGCCCGGGACACGAUUAUUCCAGCACGAUCACAAACCCGGAAGACUACACCUUCGGGGUAGAGAUUGAGCUAGUUGCGACCCCGAAGACUGUUUACGAUUCGUCAAACAGUAACGACUUCUUGAACGCCGAUGUCGGAUACUGGCGACGUCGGCUCGCUGAUCGAAUGAACAAGAAGAGAGGCUUACACGCGGUUACAAGCAGGCGCCCUAGAGAUUAUGAUCGAUGGUACAUCAUGAACGAUGCCUCACUUCGAUUUCAGCCUCGCAAUUAUCAGGUCGCACUGGAAGCUGUAUCUCCCAAGAUGUUUCAGUUUCAGGAGCUCAAAAAACAGAUAGAUUUCUUCUGGGAAGCAGCAAUGGAACUCUUCGACAUCGAAGCGAAUACUAGUUGCGGGACGCAUAUCCAUGUUGCUCCGUACGACCAUAAUUAUACACUAGAAGAGUUGAGAAGGCUCGCAUAUGCCGUGGCUACACAGGAGAAGUUCGUCCUGCAGAUACUUCCACAAGAGCGUAUCGACAACGACUACUGUCGCCCGUGCUCCUUUCGCUCGGAAGAGUUGAGACUGGAUUUGGAAGAAGGCCAGGAGGGCGAUAUUGAGCAUCCAUCUUCUUACGUCGCAGAACGUCUUGAGAAAAUGCGGAACAAAAGCGAGUUGAUCGACUACAUGCAGUUGAACAACCGAUACGUAUUGUGGAACUUCAAAAACACACAGUCUCAGUCCGGUACAGUGGAGUUCCGAGGCGGUAGGCAUAUGCGAGGCCCUGUGCGGACCAAGAAAUGGAUUGCGUUCACUGUAGCAUUCGUUACCAAGGCGAUCCGAGACAAUCACAUGUACGCCAGGACCACCGAUUCAGAUAUAAAUGAAUGGUGGCAAAGCAUACGGUUUUGUGCUAUCGAUCUUAGGAUGGAUGAGUUCCUGCCGGGCAGUUGUGAGAAUGUUAUGAGCCUUGAUGAUCUCAUCUAG